AUGUCAAGUUUUUCAAUCCCAAUUCCACCUUCUUCAAAUUACCAAACAGAAAGAGGUCUCCAAUUCCAAGUAGGUGAUUCUUUUUUCCGCCGUGAAAGCUUCACGGGUCGAGACCUAGGCGUCCUUGCAGCCGCACAUUAUAAGCGUUCCAACCUCGAGUUACGAGUUCUCGACGCAAUGUGUGGAUGUGGGGUACGCUCGCUUCGGUAUUUAGCCGAAUCCGAGGCGAAUUUUGUGCUUGCAAAUGAUGCAAAUGAUGAAAACAGGGGAUUAAUUAUGGGUAAUUUAUCUCAAAUUCCGAGAUAUUUAGAGGGUAAAAAAAGAUGGGUAGUAACCCAUUUUGAUGCAAAUAGAGUAAUGAAUGAGUGUUAUUUACAAAGGGAUUUUUAUGAUUUUAUUGAUGUUGAUUCAUUUGGGAGUGAUUCAAGCUUUUUAAGGUCUGCUUUUAAUGCUCUGAAAUUGAGUGGGUUAGUUUAUGUGACUUCAACGGAUGGAUAUUCGGCUGGAGGACACCGUCCCCAUAAUUCGUUAGCUAGCUAUGGAGCUUAUAUUAGGCCAAUGCCUUAUGCGAAUGAAAUAGGAUUGAGAAUGCUAAUAGGUGGUGCUGUUCGAGAAGCUUCUGUAAUGGGAUAUAAUGUCACACCUCUCUUCUCAUAUUACUCAUACCAUGGACCUGUUUUUCGAGUUAUGCUCAGAGUUAACCGUGGCAGGCUUAAUAACAUUAGGCAUUAUGGAUUUGCAAGUUAUUGCCACAAGUGUGGCAAUUCUCAGGCAUUUAGUUGGGAUGAACUUGGAAACUUUUCCUGCUCAUAUUGUAAACAUGAAAAACAUUCUACAGGUUCGGUAGUUGUCUCUGGUCCACUAUGGACAGGGCCACUUCAUGAUGGCAACUACCUUACAGAGUUAUUGGAAUUAGCUAAACAAUGGGGAUGGAUUGGAAAUGGUGUGGGUCUUGAUUUUGAAAAGUUCUUUAAUCUUAUGAUUGAUGAAAGCAAUCCAGAAUUACCAUUUGGUUACACCAAAAUAGAUGAGAUAUCUAAACGUGCUAAAGUCAAUUCUCCGCGCCUCAUAACGUUGAUGACAACUUUGCAUGAGGGCAAACCAACACAUGGUUUUAAAUCUUUAUGAUGAACAAACUCGUAUUAUUUUUUUUUUUGAAAAAAUAAAUGUAAUUUUAAUUGAAAUAAACAUCUAUCUGUUGAAAUAUAGUGUGAAAGGUAAUUAAUGAAUAUAGUGUGAAAGGUAAUUAAUAAAUUUAUCCUAGUGUGAAUGCAUUCAAUGUAAUUGCAGAUGAACUUGCCUAUAAAUAUGGAAGUUCACCAAUGUAAAAAAACCAUACCAAUGAGUAAAAACAUCUCCAUCUUGUAACUUUUACUCAUUCUAUUUCAUCCUUAUCUCUCUAAGUUUUAACACGUUAUCAGCACUAGCUCUACCCUUAAUAAUCAAGAAGGUAAUAUUUUUAAAACCUAAUUAAGCAUUUUUCUUCAUCAGUACCCACAAAUGGACCAACAAUCAAAUGGUAUCAACAUCGUCAUCCAAGGUGUUUCUAACACAUUUUUAUAUUUUAUAAUUGAGCAUAAUUCCAUACCCUUCACUACAAACCCAGCAAAGAAUGAUUUAAAUCAGCUCCGACAUAAUAAUCUCAAUAAUACUAAUGGUCCACUAGUACCACCAACUCGUAAUUCACAUGUACGACCAACUAAUAAUCCACUAGUUCCACCGACUAAUAUUCCAUCAGUACGACCAACAAAUAAUUCAUCAACACAACCAACUAAUAAUGCUCCAACAACAUCAACUGAAAAUAAACCCUCACCAAGUAAUAAAAGAACCAAAGAUAAUGAGGAAGAAACAAGUACUAAAUGCUGCAAGAUGAAUAACCCAUAAAAUAAUUUAUUGGACAAUACAUUACCUUUACGGAUGACAACGACACUUUAUUGUUUUUGUUAUUAUUUUAUAUCGCCUAUAUGGCUGGUUAAUUUUUUUUUACCGUCCAUUUAGUAUUAUUUAUUUCUUUUGUUACUUUUUAAACCGCCUAUAUGGCUGGCUAAUUAUUUUUCUUUUAUCGCCUAAAUGGACGGUUAGCAUUUUUUUAUUCUCGUAUAUUUAUAUGUGCAUUUUUUUAUUUGCAGUAUUUGCAUUUAUAUCCAUGUGCAUUUUUUUAUUUACCUUUUUCUUUACCUAUUUUUUUUAAGUAUACAUAAAUAAUACGGUAUAUUGUACAAUUUGGGAUAACCCUCUAUAAAAUUGGAUUACCCAAAUUUUUUUUACCACAUACCCCUUAUCCUUUCAACUUUACUCUUUACAUCAAAACCCUCUUUCUCCUUCUUCCUUCCACCGACAAUGUACCCCUAUCACAAAAACAAUCAAGCUUCUUCCUCUUCCCAUACUUUUAGAUUUGAAGAAAAUUUUCCAAACUCAAAUUAUAUAUCUCCUUAAUUAUGGGUUUGGUGGUCCUUCUUGUCGCAUUAGGAAUUAUAAUAAUUAUGAAGAAGUAAUUUAUUUUGAAGAAGAAGAAACAAAAUGCACAAAAUUUUCUUUGUCAUAUUUUCUUUUGUUUAUUAGU